AUGUCAACUUUGAGCUCUAGAGCCAACAUCCAACACGAAAGCAACCCUCAACAUGAACGUCACGAAAACCACAGGCCCAACACUACAACAGACGAGGGAGAUCACUAUGUCUUGACAAUCUGGACCGAUGACGCUCACCACGAGGCAAUGACGGCGUUACGAAGACAGUGGUUUCCCUCACGACUGUUGAAGGUAGAGGCCCAUGUCACGCUUUUUCACGCUCUACCUGGCACCAAGCUGCACCAGUUGAAGCAAGACAUUGCAGAGAUAUCACAAUACACCACAAAAUUCGACAUCACGGUCAAGAAAGAAGGCAUAUAUGAGAUCGGCAAGGGAGUUGGAAUCAGAAUCUCAGAAGGACAGAAGAAGUCGGCAAAGUUGCGAUCCGAGCUGAGAGACAAAUGGGAGCCUUUCCUCAGUCGACAGGAUCAGCAGGAAAGAUGGAGGGGGCAUUACACCAUCAUGAACAAGGAAGAUGACAAGUCAAGGGUACUCGAGUGCCUGGACGAGCUGCAGGAUAGCUUUGAAGAUAGUCGAGGAACGGUCAACGGGUUGAAUCUUUGGAGGUAUGAUCGUGGGUGGUGGAGAGAGGUUGAGGCCUUUUCAUUUCGCAAGUAG